AUGGCGGAUGUCUUCCUGGACUUCUUCCGCAGUUCAUUGCCAGAUGAACUCGCGGCAGUGCUCGAAACGACCAUCACAGCGACAAAAUCGGGAGAUUUCCUAGGCGUACUCCAAAUACCGGAAGCGCAACUAUUGCUAGGAUACCAGGACAAUGAAGCCACCAAAGACGUUAAGAGGAGCGACUUUUCUCUCUGGAGCGACUACAUCUUCCAUCGCCUAGGACUGCUUCUGUCGAAAGGGAACGAGGAGGAGUCUACCCCGAUAAAGGAAACGUCAGCAUAUCGACAGCAUGUUUACUUCCUGAUCGCCAUUGCGGCGUUUCAUGCAUUCCUACAGUCGAAUGUCACUGGCCCACCACUACCCUUCAAGUCUGCUGAGACGCUGUUGUCAAAAGACGUGGCAGAUGAUGCGAAGCUUCUCAGUAAGACGCGCGCAGAUCUCGUCGCAUCGCUUAGUGCAGAUGGUGUUGCGGCAUACAAGCUCACACCGAACAUCGAGCUGCUGUGUCUUGCGCACACCAUCCUCAUCAGUCCCCCGAUUCAAAAGAACAUCCCGGUUUCGGCAUGGGCGCGUCUUAGAGUGAACUUUGUGCAUCAAAGGCUGCUCAGCGAACCGGCGCCAAGUCUACAGGAUGCUAUCUACAAUGACUUGAAGGUGGUAGAGGACUUGAUUCAGAACUCGGGAAAGAACGGGGAGAUCAAAGACUUGCAUACGACUUUCCUCCUGGAACGAGCAGCCGUUCAUACGCACCAUGGUCUAGAUAAGAAAUCCAAGGCAGACCUUGACCAGGCAACCUCAGAACGAAAGUUCGAAUUUGCGUUGACUGGACUGAUGGGCAAGAGAACAAAGUUCCAACAGAAAGAUACCAGUCAACUGAUUGUACUCGCCCGAAGUGCGGGAUCGGAAACCAACGGCACAUCUGAUGAGAGUUCAAAGCCAAAGGCUUUAGAUCUCAAUGACGAUACCCUGCUGGAAUCGAUUUCAUUUACCAACAACACUGCAUCCAUGGAAAUCAAGGAUGAGUCCAAUCUACCGGCAUCGCUCACAUCCAUGGACCCAUCAAACCAGCCAUUGCUCGAUCCGCUAGACUCCGUCAUCAUGCUUUCGCUAGCCGAAAGCAUCAAGAACACCAAUCCAGCAGAUGGUCUCACAAGAGAACAGACAGAACCAUAUGCCACCCGAGUACUAGAGGGCGGAAGCUCAAACUGGCAAGUCUACACCCAAGCUCUGCUUGUGAGGAGCCGUAUUGAGGGCUACAAGUCGCGGACUAUGGAGCGUGGUCUCCUCCAGCUUCAAGCGCUGGUUGAUCAAGUCAUCGCAGAGACCUCGGGCGAUGCUACUACCGACGCCGAGACUGGCGAGAAGAUCACUUCGUUCCUCCCACAAGCCAAGGAGAGUGAGUCUGCAUCGGUUGAAGAACGCCUCCGUUACGUCUUCCCGCUCUGCUCCCCAUCUCGCUGGGAGCUUGAGUCUGAGCUCGCUGCGCGAUGGGUUGCCCUCGGCGGUCUACGAUCCGCGCUCGAGAUCUACGAGAGACUAGAGAUGUGGGCUGAAGCAGCGCUGUGCUAUGCUGCCACCGAGAAAGAGGAGCGAGCGCGCAAGAUGAUCCGACGACAGCUUUUCCAUGCCACCAAUGGCGAUGACGAGAACGUUGACUUGGACGAAGAGAAGUGGGAUGGUACUGAGCGGGAUCCACCACCAGCCGAAGCACCGCGCUACUACUGCAUCCUCGGUGACAUUGACAACGAUCUCUCCAUGUAUGAGAAAGCCUGGAACGUCUCCGGCCAACGAUACGCGCGUGCUCAACGCUCCCUCGGCCAACGCUACAUCUCAGCACGCAACUACGAGAAAGCCGCAGAAGCCUACGCACUAUCCCUAAAGAUCAACGCGCUCUACCACCCCGCCUGGUUCGCACUCGGAUGCGCCUACCUCGAGCUCCUCCAAUUCAAAAACGCCGUCGAAGCCUUCUCCCGCUGCGUGCAGCUCGACGACCAAGACGCCGAAGCAUGGAGCAACCUCGCAGCCUCCCUCCUGCACCUCAAGCCCAGGGUCCAAGAAAACGCCGACGGCGAACUCCAAGAAACACGCGUAACAAACCACCCCCGCACCGACGCCCUCAAAGCAUUCAAACGCGCCGCAACAAUCAAGCACGACAACUUCCGCAUCUGGAACAACGUUCUCGCCGUGAGCGCAUCCACCAACCCGCCCUCCUGGGCCGACGUCGUAACAGCCCAACGCCGCAUCUGCGAGCUGCGCGGCUCGACCGAAGGCGAAAAGUGCGUCGACGCUGAAGUCAUCGACAUGCUCGUCAAACACGUAGUCUCCGCCGAAGACGGCUUCGACAUCACGCGUCCUGGUCUUCCGCGCCUUGUAAACGACCUCAUGGAAAAACACAUCAAGCCCCUCAUCACUGUCUCCCCCAAACUCUGGCUCAUCCUCGCAACACUGUACACGCACACGCAGCGCCCCAGCUCCGCACUUGAAUGCCACGAGAAGGCGUGGCGGGCCGUGACUAGCCAGCCGAAAUGGGAAUCUGGAACUGAGGCGGAGUGGAAUGCGGUUGUGGAUAUGACGAUUGAUCUUGUGGAUGCGUAUGAGACGCUGGGGCCGAGGGAGCGCACGGAGGGGUUGGCAGGUGGCAGUGGGGAGCUGGUGGCGAAGGACUGGAAGUUUAAGAGUAGGAGUGCGGUUAGGAGUGUUAUGGGGAAGGGCAAGGAGAACUGGGAGGAUAGUGCUGGGUGGGAGAGGUUGGUGGAGAGGUUGGAGGAGUUGAAGGGGAGGGAGUAG